AUGGCUUACAGCACUGGAGAAUCUCUAAGAUCUCCUCCGGGCUAUAUGACACAGCUGCUUUAUACCCUCAAUGCGGAUUUGCUAAAUAAUACCAAAAAAUCCGAGGUGGAUAUAUUAUUCUACAAUCGUGUACCCAAAACGGGCAGCAUGCAAUUGAUAGCGUUAAUGCAAAAAUUGGGUAAAGUGCACGAUUAUGAGGUUGAAGUUGAUCCCAAUAAUGGCGGCAUCAGACCCUCACUCGACGAGCAGGAAGAAGAGAAUACCAUUGAGAAUAUUAGUAAUUUGGAGGAUGGCAUGGCUUUUGUAUCGCACAUGAAUUAUUUAAAUUUUACGGAAUACGAACAACCACGUCCCAUCUACAUUAAUAUGGUUAGAGAUCCGGUGGAAAGAAUUAUUAGCUGGUAUUAUUAUAUACGUUCACCCUGGAUUUUUGUGCCUGGUCGUAGGAAGAAUAAGAGAAAAAUGCCCAAUCCCCAGUGGGUUAAUACGGAAUUCGAUCAGUGUGUUAUGAAAAAGGAAAAAGUGUGUACGUUUAUAGAGGGAUCCGGUUUGGAAAAGGUUGGUGAUCAUCGGAGACAAACGCUAUUCUUUUGCGGCAAUAAUGCCAAGAAAUGCAUGCCCUUCAAUGCUAAGCUACCUUUACAAAUGGCCAAACGCGCUGUGGAAAGGGAAUAUGCAGUGGUGGGCACUUGGGAGGAUACCAAUAUUACCUUAAGCGUUUUGGAAAACUAUGUGCCCCGUUAUUUCAAAGGAGCCACUAAAAUGUAUUACAAUGGUUUAAAUAACGAUAUCCAAAACAGUAAUCCCUUCAAGCCUCACAUUAGUGAGGAAAUUAAACAAAUGGUGCGCCAGAAUUUUACACGCGAAAUUGAGUUCUAUCAAUUUUGUAGACAACGUUUGCACAAACAAUAUUUGGCUUUGAAAAAGAAUGAUUUAAAACAGCUGGCCAUUAAGGAAGAUGAAGAGAAAAUGACAUUUUUAAAAAAGGCUUUAUCGAAAUUGCAUUAA